AUGGAAACAAUACUAACAAUCUCCCUCCUCCUCUCCUCCUUCAUCCUUUUCCUUCUUAUCAAGAAACGUAAUCGGUCCCUCCUGGCCCAAAACCUCCCUCCCGGCCCGAUUAAGCUCCCCCUCAUCGGCAACCUCCACCUCAUCGGCCAGCUCCCCUUCCGCUCCUUCCGGGCCCUCUCGACCCGACACGGCCCAAUCAUGCACCUCACGCUAGGCGAGGUCCGGGCCUUCGUGGUCUCAUCCCCGGGCCUCGCCAAACGGGUCCUCACCGACGGUGACCCGGGCUUCACUGACCGGCCCGAAUCCAUUGCCUUCGAGAUCAUGUGGUACAACUACACCAGCAUUUCCUUCAGCCUGUACGGUGACUACUGGCGGCAGAUGCGCAAGAUUUGCAUGAUUGAGCUCCUGAGCGCGAAAAACGUCCGCUCCUUCGUCUCCAUUCGGGCAGACGAGGUGGCCCGCAUGGUCGAGUCGAUUCGGGCCUCGGCCCGAAAGCCCGUCAACCUCACGGAGAUGGCCUUCACCCUUACAAGUGGCGUCACGUGUCGGGCCGCGUUCGGGAAGGUGUGCAAGGAUAGGGACGGGCUUGUCGGGCUCUUGCGGGCCGCGUUCAAGAUGGCAGGUGGGUUAGAGAUUGCUGACCUGUACCCGACUCGGCGGGUCAUUAGGGCACUGAGCUGGAGCAGGAUGAAGCUGGUUGAGAUGAGGCGAAAAGUCGAUGUGAUUCUCGACGAUAUUAUUCGGGAACACAAGGAAACAGCGGGAAAAGGUGGUGUGAGGAGGGGGAAUGGGGAGUUUGGGAAUGAGGAUUUGGUUGAUGUGUUCUUGAGGGUUAUGGAGGGUGGGGAGCUCGAUAUCCCGAUCGGAAACAAUAACAUCAAGGCCGUUUUACUCGACUUGUUCGCAGCCGGAACCGAGACAUCAUCGAUCGUGAUCGACUGGACAAUGGUCGAGCUCAUGCGAAACCCUAGAGUCAUGGCCAAGGCCCAAGCCGAAAUCAGACAAGCCUUCCAGAAGGACCAAACAAUCGAGGAACAAGAUCUCACGCACAAACUAAAGUACCUAAAGCUCGUAAUCAAAGAGUCCCUGCGGCUACACCCGCCGAUCCCAAUCAUCCCAAGGUUAUCCAGAGAGGAAUGUGUGCUCGACGGGUACACGAUCCCAGCCAAAUCUAGAGUCUUGGUCAACAACUGGGCCAUGCAGAGGGACCCAAAAUACUGGAAGGAUCCCGAGAGUUUCGUGCCCGAUAGGUUUGAAGAUGGGGGCCUGGAUUUCAUGAAUGAGGGUCUUCAAUAUUUACCGUUUGGGAUGGGGAAAAGGAUGUGUCCCGGGAUGGCGUUCGGCCUAGCCAGCAUCGAGCUUCCCUUGGCCCGACUUCUCUAUAGUUUUGACUGGAAGCUUCCGGAAGGGGUGCGUGCAGAAGAUUUGGACAUGACCGAGAAUCCUGGGGUCACGGCCUCAAGGAAGGACAAGCUUUUCUUGGUCGCUAUUCCGUACGAGCCUUCGAUUCGUCUACUAUAG